CGGGAACGUCAGAAUAAAUGGGGAUUGGUUUGUCGUGAUUUUUACAGGUGUGAUUUGUGUUGUGUUUAUAUAGUUUAUCAAUGAAAACACUUCUUAUUUUAUUUUUUAAAGACCGUACUAAAACAAUAAACCUGCAUAUACACGGACGCUGCAGUGUCAACAGUUUCGUGGAGCCCGGGCUUUGGUCAUGUGAAUUUGUGUCAAUUAUUUGCUGAGUCUGAUCGAGGCUUCCGUCAUUUUUGAGAUCAAAUAAAUAAAUUCCUGUAACGCCGUCCAUCGCGGCUUUAAAUUAAACAAGCAUGUUUUUAUGAGUGGAGCACGGGAGAUGGGGGGCGCGCGGUUCGUCGCGUGCGCGCUGCUGCUGCUCUGUCCGCUGGCCCUCAGUCGCCACGACGAGGACUUCGCCUUCGACAACAGCGAGGAGUUCCAGGUUGAACUAACAGCAAACCAUUCAGAAAUAGCGAAAAAUGGCCUAAAAAGGUUAUGGGGUGUUCCUGACACAUCGGCCUACGUGGGACACUUGUUCCGAAUGGAAAUACCCAAACAAGCAUUCACCGGCGACGUAUUAGCGUAUAAGGUUCACAGCGAAGAUGGACGCCGCACGCCAAGCUGGCUGGCCGUGGACUCGAGACACGGGCUGAUCAGCGGUGUACCACAGCCGCAGGACCUCGGCACGCACACUUUCACUGUCACCGCGCACGGACGGAUCCGCGGGCUCAGCGCGACGGACUCGUUCACUAUCGAGGUGAAGAAAGCGGAAGAAAAACCCCACUCCAGAUAUGGCUCUUGCGUGGGCUCCGAAAACCGCCUAGUGCUCACGGUCCUGGUGGACGGCGCCUUCCAGAACAUAUCGCCGCGGCAGCGGAUACGCGCGCUCAUGGAACUCGCCAGCUUCAUGGCCCUAGAUUGGGACGAGUUCUGGAUCGAGCCGUACAAGACGGAAACGGCGCGGAUGCAGUCGGUGCUGAUGAGCGGAGCCGGCUCCGCUUCACGCAGGCACGGCGACGCCACGACUGCCAUCUGCUUGAACGUGGGCUGUGGCGAGAAGCUAUGGAGCCGGCAUAAGGUGCUGGUGGCCGGUCUGCGCGAGCAGUCCCGCGACGGCACGCUGGCGCACCUGCUGCGGCUGCCCGUCAUCGGCUGGCGGCUGACGGCCGUCAAGCCCGUGCCCCGGCUCAAGAGACAGUCACCUCACGACCUGGACGACGGGUCGGGCGCGGGCUACGACAACUACGACGACGAGGAGGACGCGGGCGACUACAGCGGCUACGACGACGCCGAGGACGACGACAUUUACAAGGACGUCGACCCGCCCGCCGGGCCUGAGAUGCUGGAGCCUAAAGUGAAAAUCACUCCGUACGGCGCCGAAACAGCAUCAGAAUCCAGUAUUGUCAGUUAUUCUGCCGUGCCAGCGACAAAUCCCAGGACCUUCGACCAUGACCAUGUCAUUAUAGUACCUGGUGACGAUGCCACCACCACCGAAGCCGAAACGCAGACAGUUAUAAUUCGCGCGUCCAACGAGCCCUCAUCCACCGAGCCGCCACCCUCUUCCACCACGCCCCAGGCUACAGCACCCACACCAGCUACUACGUCAUCAACUUCCACAACAACAUCGACAACUGAGGCGCCGACCACGACGUCGACCACGUCAACGACGUCGACAACGUCAACGACGACGGAGGUGGCGCUGCCUGAGACCGAAAUUACGGAAAUCACGAAGGAGUCAGUCACACCAUCGGAACGAUCAAGCACAAUCUUCGGCCGCACCACUGAGACUGUGACGUUCCCUAUACCUGUGACCAAGAAACCCCCAUCGCUCAAACACCACAUGAAGAAGGUCGCCACUGCCGCUGGAAAAGCAUUUAGAUAUGUGAUCCCCGCGAACCUGUUCACGGACCCGGAGGACGACAGCAACCUGACGUACAGCAUGUACAUGAAGGAGGGCACCAAGCUCGGCAAGAACUCCUGGAUACAGUUCCUACCUUCUAAACUGGAGGUGUAUGCAUUGCCUUUAGAAGCGCACGUGUCUCGCUGGAACUUCGUGAUCGAAGCACAAGAUAGCGAAGGCCGGACAGCUCAGGGGCCGCUCGAUAUCACCGUCCAACAGCACAAAGCCGCCCGGACGAUCAACCAUCAAUUCGUCAUGCACUUCAAACUGAACAAGACCUUCACCUACGACCUGGACUGGCAGAUCCGCGCGCUCGAAGGCAUCGUCAACCUACUGGCCACAGAUAUGCAUCACAUUACCGUGCUGAAUGUGUCGCAGAGCGGGGACGUCUGCGAGUUCGUGUGGACCAAUGAUACGCUUCCUAAGGAAACUGCUUGCCCUAUGGAUGAUAUCAAGAGAUUGAUGCAGAUAUUGGAGACGAGCCCCGAAUCUCACUCACCGUCCCAGCGCCUGCUGGACGUGAUGUCGCCCGAGCUGACCGUGCUGGGCGUGUCGUGGCGCGGCGCCGGGCGCUGUCUGAGCGCCCUCCCCGCCCCCGCCCCCGCCGCCACGCCCGCCGCCGACACCUACCCGCCCGUCACGCGCAACCAGGUCGACAUGCUGCGCGCCACCGUCGGACACCUGCUGCUCUACAAGGUGCCCGAGGACACGUUCUUCGACCCCGAGGACGGAGGAACGCGCAACCUCGCCCUGUCCCUGCGCUACCAGGACCGCAGCGCUCUGCCGGCGCCGCACUGGCUGCAGUUCGACGCGCGCAACCAGGAGUUCUACGGCCUGCCCUCCGCCGCCGACGUCGGCACACAACACUACCAGCUGAUCGCCGAAGACUCGAGCAAGAAGAGCGCCUACGACAGCCUCAUAGUGGAAGUAAUGAAGGCGCCCGCCAUCAAGCCGACCGUCGAGUUCCAGCUCACGCUCGACUGCGACUUCGAGCAGAUCGCGCACAGCGCCAGCACUAAGAGGAAGAUCGUCGAGAAACUCGCCGCGCUCUUCGGGGAUAAGGACACCACUAAUAUUAGGAUUCGGAAUAUUACGGACCAUCCUCAUGCUAGCACUACUAUUAUUUGGUACAACACCAGCUUGCCAAUGGACAGCUGUCCAAAAGACAAAAUAGAGACGCUCCGCAAAAUGAUAAUCGCCGACGACGGCGCUCUAAAAGACAUCGUGGACACAGUGUUCGACAAGGCGAAGGUCAUGUCGAUAACCCUUAUCCCGCUCGGGCUGUGCGGCGAGCAGAGCACUAGGAUCGUGAAGCCGGCGCUGGCGGCGCCACCCGGGCCGGGCGGGUCGGCCACCACGCACACGCGCACACACACACACGGGGGCCCGCCCGGAGCCGCGGCCGAGGCCGGCUACACGGAGUACCUGGUCACCUUCGUCAUCCCCGCCGUCGUCAUCGUCUGCAUGCUGCUCGUGGCCGGCAUCAUCGCCUGCGUGCUCUACAGGAGGCGGCGGACCGGAAAAAUGAGCGUCGGCGACGAGGAGGAGCGCCAGGCGUUCCGCUCGAAGGGCAUCCCCGUCAUCUUCCAGGACGAGCUGGACGAGCGCGGCGACGCCGAGCCCGUGCACAAGAGCCCCGUCAUCAUGCGCGAGGAGAAGCCGCCCCUCCUGCCGUCCGCACCCGCCCCCGACUACCGCGGCGACGACGCGCCCUACCGCCCGCCGCCGCCCUUCGCCGCCACCCGCACCCCCCCCAGGCCCAAGGCCACCCCCACCUACAGGAAACCUCCGCCGUACGUCCCGCCUUAACUCAUCUGAAUCCUUCGGCUUCGACUUCAUCGCUAGGACUAACAUUUUCGUUCGGAAUCAGCUUUACUAGUCGACGAUAUCCAAAUUUUUUCCUAUUUAUUUCUUUCGCCCUUCGACGCGAUCGCGAUGUACACGGUCGAUUCACAGGAGCUGGCACAAAUGGAAUGAAUGAGUGAAUAAAAAUAUCUACCGAUACACCGAUACAGGUCUCACGCAUACAACUCGUACAAUGAAAGUUUCGUUCGUUCCAUUCGUGCCAUCUUUCGUGAAUCAACCUAUAAGUAGAUGCGGACGAAAUGCAUUUAUUACAAAAUUAUUGAUAAGUAGGGUUAACCUCGUAUCGUCGAAACAAGGAAUUGCACCGUUUACGUUUAAAGUGGCCGCGGAUUUCUUCGUCGUAAUUUAGGUCGCGAAAUAGAAUUGUAAAGUUUUUAUACAUAUUUCGAUUGUGUACGUUGGUGACUUCGCGAAACAAUAAUUAAGUGUUAUUAUUGUUGAAGUAGAUGACGUUGUUAGCUCUUAGCUUAGGAGGAGCUCUGUCACUAAUGACAUCGCGUCUAGUGCAACGAUUUGUGAGUGCUAACCUGUCAGGUGAUUGUAAAUCUAAAUACGUACAUAAUAAGGUUUCAUUAUGAAUGUUUUGUAGUAGUUCCGACGCGAAGUAAUUUCAUAAGUAUAUUAUUUUGCUCUUACAUUUUGUUGCCUAGACAUGAGAUGGGACUUCUGUAUGCGUCACAUAAAGUAUACUAUGUAACAUACGCACCGCAUCAGAGGUGAGGUUCGGCUUGAAGCGUGCCAUUUCGAACAUGUGACAUUUAAAGUAAAACAUAUCGAGAACUAUAAUGUAACAUGUAGCCUUUAGCGUAGUUCUUCCAUACACGAUAUUUUGUAACAAAAUUAUGUAAGUAGUGUGUGCAUGCGACGUCGUGAUAUGGGGUGUGAGGCUCUUACACCUACAGUAGAUAACUAUCAUAAAGAUGUAUAUACAAUGUUUCGCCUUAUUUCUUUGAAAUAAGGUGCAAAACUGUAUACAUAUUUAUGAUAUUGACUGUAGUGUCGGGCUAGUUGGAAUCGAAUCCAAACUUGGCCGCCGGAACGGAGUACUUUGCGGCGGCAACUGUUAAUUACAAUUAACGUUAUUGUAUUUAUAAAAAUAUACAACCGACUUUAAUCCUAGGCUACGAAUAGAUAUUUUAAGGAUAAAAUAUCAUUUUGUACUUGUCUAAUUAUUACCAUAGGGUAUAAGGUUAACAAAUGUGUAAACGAUAGAGACUAUGAACGAAAUGAACUAUAACUUAAACUUAAUGAACUUUCAUUUGGAUGUAUUUUUUUCUACUGUACUCAUUUAGAGUUUGCAUUUAUAGAUCUUUUUAGUGUUAUUAUACUUAUUAUAUACAAUUUUAUAGGACAGCGAGGUUUUUUUUAUUUCUUUAUAUUCGUUUCUUAAUAGAUGUACUUAAUUGUGUCUGUUAACAAAUACCGAACCAUUACUGUCAUUUGAUAGACUUAAUGUUGAUCGAUACAUACGCACAUAAUCGUAAGUUAUUCGAGUUUUUGAGUUUGUAUAAAUUUGGCAAAGAUUUGACUCCUGAUUCUGUCAAAGACCAUUUAUAUUAUAAUGUGCUUUGUGACAGCGUUAAGAAUGUAUUGACUUAAUUAAAGGGAUUUAAUUUUUGCGAUAAUUUAUACUCAAGGGUAAGACUAUGACGAAACUCCGUUCAAUUUUAUCGUGUCUGUGUAUGUAAUCUGCAAUCUAGUCCAGACAGCUGUAAACCAAGAAGUAAUUUGACAUACUUACAAUAAGAAAUAUAAGACAACGGAGUUUUCUUCAUAUAAAAUACCUAACAAAUGUUUGUAUUUGACAGGUUUUUUACUUGGAAAUAAAAUAAAAUGGUCUAGUAAA